CGCGUGUGAACAGUGAUAAAGUGCCUUGAGAGACGCGGUAGCAGCAUAUGUAAAUACAUAGGAAAGAGAAAAAGAUUACAUUGCCGAUACAGGAGAGGCCAAGAGAUGCGAUACCCUUUGGUCUGCUCAAAAUACCAUCCGAUAAUUAAGUUACAGGCAUACGAAAUAAUCAACCAUCGUUGAUGCAUAAUCAUUGGGCAUAUCUUCAAAUAAAAUGAGGGUCAAACAAACCUUAGAGAAAGAGGGCUGUAAGAUGGUGGUCCGUGGAAGUCCCUACGGAGCAACGCGUAAGAAGUAUGGCUGGGGCACGCCUUUUGCACCGCCAAAGGUUUGCUCAAGCUCAAAGUAUCCGAAUGUACAUAUAGGCACGUCCUCCCUGAGUUGCGUUUCAGGCAAGGACCGGGAGAUGCAGAAACUCAUGUCGCAGUAUCAAAGAAAAUUUAUCACGCUCGAGCAUUGUACGACAUACCACGGCGUUGGGGAUGCUGAGAAUUGGCAGAAAUGGAAGAAGCUAGCGCGUAAGAAGAAGGGGUUUACAUACACCAUCAAGGCCAACAACUACCUCACACACAAGCGCAAUCUGAAGAUGGACCUCGAAUCAGAGGCCCAUGUACAACAUUUCUUUCUCGAAAGGUGCUCAAUACUCGGCGACACGUUUAGCGUUGGACUAGUUCAGCUGCCUUCGACCUUCGUAUGUACUGAGGAGAACACCAGUCGGCUCAGGCUGUUCGCUACAAAGGUACCCGCCAAUGUGAAGGUAGCGGUCGAAUUUCGGCACCGCACCUGGUUCAACGAAGAGACGUACAGUAUAUUACGAGAGGCAAGAUGGGCUCUGGUGUCCGGCCACAGUCCGAUAACAGGCAACGUCCCUGUGGUAGAUACCAACGCAGGCUUCCUAUACAUCCGCUUACACGGAGCGCUUACCAUGUACAUGGGAGACUACGGCCAGGAAGGCUUACAACCGUGGGUGCGCCCGAUACAAGAGUACUGUGAUAGAGAUGCCACCCACGAGGCAUUUGUGUUCUUCAACAACAGCGAGUCUGAGGUAGCCGGCCUGGCGAGCUCGGUGGUGGAUGCCACGCACUUCGCAGAACUCCUGGACAAGUCAACCGCGCCUGGGAGCGAGACCAGAGAAAAGGUGUCGCGAACUAAUGAGCCGAUGGUACAACCACCGCUAGAGAGUGAGCCAAGGGCUGGCCAACCACUGAAUACGACACCAGAGAGUGGGCCCAUAAACGGGCCGCCAUCAGAAAAUACAGAGGUCAAUUUAGGGGCUGGGAAUGCAAGUAGCUCAGGCAGGCCUACGGGUACACCGCAUGCACCGACGGAGGAAGCCGAAAACGCAGACGCAAAUAGUGUGGGAGAGCCAAAUUCGGAACGGAUUUCGAGCACAAAGCGCAAGCAAUCUGAUGAUGGCUCUAAACCGACCAAAAUCCAGAAAGCGUAGUUGUGGAAAUAUAAAACGGUUGUCUUAGAGAUAGGAUGAUAAAAAACC